AUGACGGACCCUGCCUUAGAGAUGUUAUCCCCUGAGGAGGCGGCCAAGAUCUACCAUGCCAAUUACAUCCGCAACUCGCGGGCCAUCGGGGUACUGUGGGCGAUUUUCACCAUCUGCUUCGCCAUCGUCAACAUCGUUUGCUUCAUCCAACCUUACUGGAUAGGAGACGGGGUGGACACUCCCCAGGCCGGCUAUUUUGGACUCUUUCACUAUUGCAUUGGUAGCGGCUUCUCCAAAGAGCUUACCUGUACCGGCAGUGUCACCGAUUUCUCCUCCAUCCCUUCGGGAGCCUUCAAAGCCGCCUCCUUUUUCAUCGGCCUGUCCAUGACGCUUAUCAUUGCAUGCAUCGUGUCCUUCGUCCUCUUCUUCUUCUGCAACACGGCCACCGUGUAUAAGAUCUGCGCCUGGAUGCAGCUUUCCUCCGCCGCCUGCCUUGUACUUGGUUGCAUGAUAUUCCCGGAUGGCUGGGAUGCAGACGAAGUUAAACGUAUGUGCGGUGAAAAGACGGACAAGUAUUCUCUUGGUGCAUGUUCGGUGCGUUGGGCUUAUAUUUUGGCAAUUAUUGGAAUUUUGGAUGCCCUUAUACUAUCUUUUCUGGCCUUUGUGCUUGGUAACAGAUUGGACACCUUGAUGGCGGAGCAACUCAAACUUGAAAGUAAAGAUGAUGGAAAUGCCUAAAAUAUAACAGUUCUCCUAAAUUAAUGUUCACUAUCAAGCACAUGGACACGUGGAAAUGAUUUUGUACUACAUCAUUAUAUUUGAAGAGUUCAAUUUAUCAAGACAACGUUUCAGAAGAUAUUUUACAAAAUAAUCUAAGGAUAGAAUAACAUUCUUCUCUGAACCGAUUAUUUUUCAUCUCUUCUACAUUUUAUACAUACUUCUCUAAUGAUUCAUGUGUGCCUCAGACUACAAUGCAGUGAUUGGGUAGAAUCAUAAACAGUUAUUAACUUUUACUACAUUUCAUGAAAAAAUCAUACUCCUGUUUCUGCAAGAUAGUUCCUAGAAUUAUUAUUACAAAUUAAAUGUGAAACAACUGUCCAUCCCUUUUUAAUGGACUGACAUUAGAGCUUAUUUAUUUAUAACAAUUGUAAGGAGUUGUAUAUCACACACAUUUUAAUUCACACAAAGAUUGCUUUGUUUUAUAUGUGUACAUUAUUUGGGAGCAUAAUGCGUUUAGUGAUAAACACAUUGCUAUUUUUAGAUACAUUUUAUGGGUUACUAGCAUAAUUAUGCAUAGUACAAGACAAUUAAAAUCUGUUUAUACACAAUAGAUACCAAUUGCCACAAAAUAGAUUACUACCAGUACUUGAAAAAGGUUAUAUUUGCUAUAGACAAAUUGCUCACAUUUUAGGUCUGUUCUUCAUAGCAAACAAUUGAUUUCGAGAGUAUAUAUGUAAUACUGUUUGUUACAAAAUAUAGAUCACUGUAAAGAGAUUUUACAUCACAAUGGAUUCCCAUCUCAUCUACAGUUUCAUUGCAGAUGUCUAUACUGUAGGUCAUAGACCUGAAGUCGUGAACUUUGAGAGACCCCUUGCUUCGGAACUUGUAUUAUACCACAGCUCAAGAUCUAAUUUCUAUUAACAAGGAGUACAAUGCUAUCUUGUACGUGAAUUAAAAACCUAUAAUGGUGUUUUAUCAAAUCUCCUUUCCAGGAGUGGAACAUUGUAAAGUGGAUGGCUCUUCCCUUAUGGAACGUGUCUUUUGCUAGAGUAAAUGUACCUUAUGAUGGGCUAUAGAUUUUACUUUGCAGCUAAGAUAGAAACUUCCUUUUUUCUCAGCAUAUGAACAAGUUACAGAUUCGUUUUCAAGUUCUAUGAAUGUUUCUCUAGUCUUAAUGUGAAAAUAUGAACUUAUCAAGACUAGCCAUGAUGAAUAUAUAUACAUAUGUAUUAAACCACAGUGUUCACAAUUAUUACAUGUAAGUAUUAAUAGCCAUUGAUCUUUCAGUGGUUUCUUUCAUAUACAUCCCGUUUUCAGCCCAAUUAUUUGUUGUGGUAAUUUUACAAUGGUGUAAAAUAUCAAUUGAUUCAAUAUGGGAGAAAUCGUGUUGAUCAUGUCAGACUUUCUUUAUACAGUAAAUAGCAAAGUACUCAGAAAUGGCUUAUUUUUGAUCCUCAAAAAUAACAUUUGUGGUGCUUCUAUUUAAGGAGCAUUGAUUGUAUAUGGUGAUGUUCUGUGUCCUUAGAUACUUACAGUAGUACUGUAUAUAGUUUAUUUAUAAUAAAGAGAAUAAAGUUUGUACUGUUAUAAUCUCCUGUAAAUUAUAUUGUCGUAAUCGUUGACUAGUGAUGUUAUCACUUACAUGCAGAGGUUAGCGAUUUUAUAAUUACUAUUUUUUAACCACCUGGGCAGACACUAUAGGUCACCACUGAGUUUGUAUCACCUUAAAAAGUACUCUGGGUGGAAUUGCUGCCUUAUGUUUCUCAGUGGUAUUCUUAUAAUAUAACAUUGGUGUAUUAGCCCACAUACGAUUGUACAAGACUGUCCACAGAAGAAAUGUAUAAAUCAGAUAAAAUGCUUGUUUUGCAAAAGUGCUAGCAAAGUUGUCUGGUGUGAAAUGCCAAAAUAUUACAGUCCCUUAAUGCCACCCUGUUAUCUACCAUGUUCUGAUUUCUCUUCCCUAUAAAAACACAUUGGAGACUUUUUGUAGUCUCCAUCACUAAAUGUGUAAAUGACAGUGUUUCCAAUAUAAACUAAAACUAUGAGCACAAGUUGUAUAGGAUACAGAAGGCAGAAGUGUUUAAAUCCGUUUACUGAUUUGCAAUCUACACCGUUCAUGUGGGUUCCUUUUAAAAUGCAGUGUAUUAUAUCCCAUAACAGCACACUUUAUUUUUUAUAUAUAUUCAAUCUCAACUUAAAUGUAAAUUUAGGAAUUCCUGUUGAAAGUAAAUUAUCUGGAAUACAGGCCUACCAUGUCAUUUAUAAGGUAUUACUACACUAUCUGCUAAUUAUGUGCAUUUUGAGAAGAAAAGAGGAAGUACUGCUCCUGUAGUAAAGUACUUGCACCAGAUAAAUCUAAACACCAGGAUAGGACAGUCUUAAAUGCAAUAUAUAUCGCACUAGCAACUUUCAUUUCUGUUGGAACAUAUUGUACCAGCAUUUGAAAUAAACCCUAUGUAUGUGAUUCUUGACAAUAAAUAAAAUGAAUUAUAAAAUAGAAUAUGUGCCAAUUCUUGUUCAGUAGUUUUGCUGAAAUAAAUUGUUUAUAACUUA